AUGAGAAAUAAAAAUAUGAAUCUAAAUAUUAUAAUAAAAGCUAGUUUUCCUAGAUUAAACAGCGAAAAAAAAAAAAAAAAAAAAAAUGCAAAAAUAUCAUCUAAACCCAAAUCAGAAAAAGAGAAUUCAGAUAAAAAAAAAAUAAAAAAUAUAAAAAAAAAAGAAAAUUUUUUAAGUAAUAAAUUAAUUAUAAGUACCUCUUUAUUAUCUUAUGAUAAAAGAAAAAACAUAAAGUUAUUUAAUGAUUCCUUUAAUAAGAAAAAAGUAACUUCAAAAAAAAGUUUCCCAGAAAAAGAUAAAUAUAGAAAAAUUUACACAAAAAGACAAUUUUCAAAUAAAUCUAAUAAUUUGAAUAAAUUUUCUGCGAAAAGUAUAUUAAAUAUUAACAUUCCAAAAAAUUCCAAAAAAAAAAAUAUAGGUAAUAUUCUUGGAAGUAAAUUAAUAAAAUCAAGCAUAAAAAUAGUUGAUACUACUAAUAAAAAAAGAAAUUUUUCAAGUAACCUUCAAAAAAAUACUCAAAAAAAAAAUAAAUAUAUUUCAUCAGAUUUAAAAAUAAUCUUAAAUAAAAGAAAUUACAAAUUAAAAAAAGGAGUUGCGCAAUUAGAAAAACCAUUAAAAAAAAAAAAAAAUAAAAUAAAAAACUUUAUUACAUUAAAAAAAAAUUUAAACACAAUGGAAGAUAAGGAAAAUCAAGGAGAUAACUCACACAACGGAAACGAAAAAAAGGAAGUAGAUGAUCAAAUCGAAUUAAAAGAAGAUAAAGAAAUGAACAUAAAAAAUGAUAAAGAAGUAAAAGACACAAAGGAUCAAGAAAUGAAUAUGAAAAAAGAUGAAAAAAUGGAUACAAUAAAAAAUGAAAAAAUGGAUACAAUAAAAAAUGAAAAAAUGAAUACGACAAAAGAUGAAAAAAUGAAUACGACAAAAAAUGAAAAAAUGGACACGACAAAAGAUCAGGAAACAAAUGUUGAAAAAAAUAAAAAUGUAAUUGCACAAGAUGUUGAAAAAAACAAUAAAGAAAAAAAAGAAAAAUUAAUUCAAGAUAAAAUUUCAAAAAAUUAUGCAUUAAAUUAUAGUAAUUCAUGUAUACAUAAAUCAGAAAAUUUAGAAUAUUAUUUUUCAGAAGGGACUUAUGAACCUUCGAACGAUAUUUUUAAUGAGAACUAUCAAAAGGUCACAAAUACUUUAUUGCCUGGGUAUACAAUAACAGCUUGUGAAGAUAUAUACCAGGUUAAUAAGGAUGAUACAAUUUCAGAUAUUCGUGACUUAAAGAAAAGUGGGGAAUAUAUUUAUAAAAGUUAUUUUCCAACACAUAAAUUUAUUCCUCAUUUAAAUAAUAAUCCUGUAAAAGAAGCAUAUUAUUUAAGAAAUCAUGAAGUACUAUAUAAUUAUUUAUAUACAUCAUCUGAUUUAACACGUGGCAGUUUACAUGAGCAAAGCAAUAUGGUUGUUGCAUAUCCAUAUGGUGUUCCAUUUAUUGAUAUUAAAAAAAAAUAA